CUUUGCUACUCUUUUCUAAGUGCUCUUCAACUUCGUGUCUCUGGAUAUUUGUUUAUUACUUCUUCAGUCUCUUGUCCUACUCUUUUGUGCUGAAUCACCAAUAACCCCACAUCCUUGUAGCAAGGUGUUUACAUCAGUAAAAGAAAGAGCAGGAUGGAGCGCCACGCAGACGGGCUCUUCCACAGCGAGCUCAGCAAGAUGAACGGCAACGCCUACGUGCAGCAGCUGGUCAAGCACCUGGUGGGCCUCAAGGACAGGUCCCUGAGGCACUCGGAUGGGCUGUUCACCAGUGAGUACAGCAAGAUGAGAGGCAACGCCCAGGUUCAGAAAUUCAUCCAAAACCUCAUGGGCCGCAAGCGCAGCUCUCCUGGCCCAGUCAACACAGACAUGCAGGGGAGAGAGGGAGUAAACAAACCUGAGGAACUUUGCUUUCUCUGGUUGUACCAGAGCUUUCUGAACACCAGCCGCUCGGACAGAGAUGCCAGGGAGGCUGCUGCCAUUACCAGCCAGUACAUUUGCCCCUUCUCUAAGCAGCUGGUUGCAGACAUGAAGGAAGAUACAGAUGAUUCUGAAUGAAGGUGAUGGGGAAGAAACAGCCAAGGAGAGAGCUUUGCACAUGUAUGGCCUUGAAGAUAAACAGGGAAGCUCUUGCUUAGGAAAAAUUCUUGAGAUAGGCAAAUAAAUAAAAAUAAUCCUGGAAAGCAGUCAAAAACCAAUGAAACCUCUGAGAUUAUCCAAAGUGAAAUGUAUGUGGGUGUGUACUGCUGUCAGUAGAUGGAGCCUGGGUGAAGUACAUCCCUUCCACUCUGUGUUGGCAUCUGGCUGCCUGUUGCUGAUCCCAAAUAAAAACGGUUAGCUGUGCAUGUGCCUUGGCUGCUCUUUGGGAAACUGGAAUAAGGAUGGUUCCAUUACAAGGUCUUGGAUUAUUAGGAAUGCAGGGGA